AUGUCUCCUCACUAGCUAGCGCCCCUGAUGUGAUCUCUUGUUCAAAAUUAUUAUUAUUUUCUUUUUCUUCUCUCCCACUGCAAAUUUGUUUUCUUCUCCAGCGAAAUUCCUUUCCACCUUCUCUCAUACUCGAAGAAAUAGUAAAAAAACAAAACAAAAUUAUCACUCGCCGGGAUGUCUACCAACAAAGGAAAAGAUAUAGCGGAAGGAUCGUCGUCUGCUUCUGCUACUACUACUGAUCAUCAACAACAGAAGCAGACUUCGCAGCCGCCGACUCAGCUGAGCCGGUACGAGUCACAGAAGAGGAGAGAUUGGAAUACUUUUGGGCAGUACUUGAGGAACCAGAGGCCGCCAGUAGCUCUUUCACAGAGUAACUCCAAUCAUGUGCUUGAUUUCCUAAGGUACCUGGACCAAUUUGGAAAGACCAAGGUGCACGCUCAAGGAUGUGUGUUUUUUGGGCAACCUGAGCCUCCUGGCCCUUGCACCUGUCCGCUAAGACAAGCUUGGGGCAGCCUUGAUGCACUGAUCGGACGGCUGAGAGCUGCUUAUGAAGAAAAUGGUGGGUUGCCAGAAACAAACCCAUUUGCAAGUGGGGCUAUAAGAGUCUAUCUGCGUGAGGUGAGGGAUUCUCAAGCCAAGGCUCGGGGAAUUCCGUACAAGAAGAAGAAAAAGAAGAGAAAUCUAAUGAAGGCAAAUCUUGACCAUAAUCCCAACAUCUCCAUGCAGCAAUCUUGAAUCUCGACCGAUCGCCCUUCUUUCUCCACAAAAUGGCGCCAAAUAGAUUUCCACCCCGAAUGCACCAGGAAAGCUUUGGAGCCCCCCUCUGGACAGCAGCAUUCAACUCCAUGCCAUCAAGUCCUUUUGUACUAUUUUCUUUCGCAUUUACUUGUUAUUUUAUGAGGAUUGAAACAUGAAGGCGGUGAUGCAUGAAGCUGAAUUGAGUUCAUUAGUAAGUUCUCUCUAUGGGCUCUAUAUUGCUGCAAAAGUAGUAUUAUAUUGUUCCUAAUUUUGAAUUAUGCUGGUUGAGAAUUUUACAUAUAUAUGGAAUUAUUGUGGUUUCUAUGAA